CAACCCUUCUUCUUUUUUCUCUCUUUCUCUCUUUCUCUCUCCUCAUUUCUCCAGCAAACAACGCUUAAAGAAAAUUGAAUCCAAAAUUUUAGCAGAAAAAAAGGCUGAAUUUCAAGAAAUUAUAAUUUAGAAGAAUUUGACUUGAUUUACAAGUCAAAAAUUAAGAUCUAAAAUGUUGAGCACUGAGAGAGACAAGUACAGUAUGAUUAAUUUCGAGGAAACGGAGCUUCGACUCGGGCUUGGGCUCGGACUUGGGCUACCCGGAGUAUCUUGUGAACAACUUGCAGCAGCAGAUCAGUUGGCGAAGAAUAACAAUGGGAAGAGAGGCUUCUCUGAGACGGAAGGUGACUCUAGUGUUGAUUUGAAGCUUAAUCUUUCGACCACGGCAACUACGACAACAACCACCACCACAAACACCGCUUCUGCCACCUCUACCGCUUCCGUAGUAAAAGAUAGUAAAGCGGACCAAGAUGUUGCUGCUGAUCAUAAGUUAAAGGAGAAAGUUACCGCAGCUCCUACUUCUACUGCUGCUGCUGAUCCCGCUAAACCCCCUGCUGCUAAGACACAAGUUGUAGGUUGGCCACCAGUUCGAGCGUUCAGGAAGAACAUAGUAGCCGUCCAAAAGAAGAGCUCGGACGAGCAAGCUGAUCAAAAGUCUUCUACCAACACAAUCACAAGUGCAGCAUUUGUCAAGGUCAGCAUGGAUGGCGCGCCUUACCUGCGUAAGGUAGACUUGAAAUUGUACAAGAGUUAUCAAGACCUCUCUGAUGCCUUGGGCAAAAUGUUCAGCUCCUUUACCAUAGGUAAUUGCGGGUCACAAGGAAUGAAGGAUUUCAUGAACGAAAGCAAAUUGAUUGAUCUUUUGAAUGGUUCUGAGUACGUCCCUACUUAUGAAGAUAAGGAUGCUGAUUGGAUGCUUGUCGGUGAUGUUCCAUGGGAAAUGUUCGUCGGAUCAUGCAAACGUCUCCGUAUCAUGAAGGGAUCAGAAGCCAUUGGACUAGCACCAAGGGCUGUUGAGAAGUGCAAGAAUAGAAGCUGAAGAUAUUUUUAUUGAUGUUUAAUGUUUGCACAAUUCGAUGUAAAACUUGUCCUUAAUUUUUUUUUUUUUUUUUUGCUUAGUGUUAAAAGAAAGCCCUUUUUAUAUGAAAAUUUUAAAAGUUGAUGGGAAGGCAGACCGGCUCGAGAGGGAUCGAGCAAGAUGUCUGGCUGGUGUAAUAUUUUUGGUUAACGUUCUUGAUAAUUAUGUGAAGAAAAAGUUGUCAUAUGAUUAUAUAUUAUAGUUAAUUUCUUGCUUUCA